CUGCUCGCCCGGGUCUGCGCCGAGCCGCGCUCCGGCCGCCCGGCCGCCGCGUCCUCCUUGCCGGGCCGGCAGCUCCCAACUGCCCGCGGGCGGCGGGGGGGAGGAACGUGCGCCCGGUGGCCCGGAGUGGCCUCCUGGUCCCCCCGCCUGGGCGGCGGAGUGCGGGCGGCCCGGGCUGGGAGCUUUGAAAAGCGGACGAGAGACAAAGGCAGCAGGAAGCCUCCCCGGCGCCCGGAGCCCCAGCGCGCAGCCGCCGGGCCCUGCGCGGCCGCCGGCGCGGAGCGGCGGCGGCGACGGCAGUGGCAGUGGCCGUGGCAGGAGGCGGAGGAUGCGGCAGGGGGCGUGGGAGCGGAGGCGGCGCGGGCGGAGCGGCGUGGCCCCGGCGCGGCGUGGGUAGACCCCAGGCGGCGGCGCGGCGGCCCGGCCGGCUCGGGAGUGAGUGAGGGCGCCUUCCCCGCCCGGGAUGUGAGGACCGAGCGGAGCCCGGGGCGGGGGGAGGGAAGGGAAGGGAGGCGAAGCCGACAGGAAGGAAGGAAGGACGGACGGACCAGGAGGAGGAGCGGCGGCGGAGGCCGGAGCCGGAAGGCGGGGAGGGGCCGUCCGUUGGGCCCCAGGCGGCGGCGGCGGCGGUCGGGGCGAACCGCUCUCGUCGCCUCCUCCCCCCGGCUCCGCGGAGGGGGGAGGAGGAAGAUGGAGACCCACAUCUCGUGCUUGUUCCCCGAGCUGCUGGCCAUGAUCUUCGGCUACCUGGACGUCCGGGACAAGGGGCGCGCGGCGCAGGUGUGCACGGCCUGGCGGGACGCCGCCUACCACAAGUCGGUGUGGCGGGGGGUGGAGGCCAAGCUGCACCUGCGCCGGGCCAACCCGUCGCUGUUCCCCAGCCUGCAGGCCCGGGGCAUCCGCCGGGUGCAGAUCCUGAGCCUCCGCCGCAGCCUCAGCUACGUGAUCCAGGGCAUGGCCAACAUCGAGAGCCUCAACCUGAGUGGCUGCUACAACCUCACCGACAACGGACUGGGCCACGCGUUUGUGCAGGAGAUCAGCUCCCUGCGCGCCCUGAACCUGAGCCUCUGCAAGCAGAUCACCGACAGCAGCCUGGGCCGCAUCGCCCAGUACCUCAAGGGCCUGGAGGUGCUGGAGCUGGGGGGCUGCAGCAACAUCACCAACACCGGCCUGCUGCUCAUCGCCUGGGGCCUGCAGCGCCUCAAGAGCCUUAAUCUUCGCAGCUGCCGCCACCUCUCGGAUGUGGGCAUCGGGCACCUGGCCGGCAUGACGCGCAGCGCGGCGGAGGGCUGCCUGGGCCUGGAGCAGCUCACGCUGCAGGACUGCCAGAAGCUCACCGAUCUCUCUCUAAAGCACAUCUCCCGGGGUCUGACGGGCUUGAGGCUCCUCAACCUCAGCUUCUGCGGGGGAAUCUCCGACGCAGGCCUCCUGCACCUGUCGCACAUGGGCAGCCUUCGCAGCCUUAACCUGCGCUCCUGCGACAACAUCAGUGACACGGGCAUCAUGCAUCUGGCCAUGGGCAGCCUGCGCCUCUCGGGACUGGAUGUGUCCUUCUGUGACAAGGUGGGGGACCAGAGCCUGGCUUACAUAGCGCAGGGGCUGGACGGCCUCAAGUCUCUCUCCCUCUGCUCCUGCCAUAUCAGCGAUGAUGGCAUCAACCGCAUGGUGCGGCAGAUGCACGGGCUGCGCACGCUCAACAUAGGGCAGUGUGUGCGCAUCACCGACAAGGGCCUGGAGCUGAUUGCUGAGCACCUGAGCCAGCUCACUGGCAUAGACCUGUAUGGCUGUACCCGAAUCACCAAGCGCGGCCUGGAGCGCAUCACACAGCUGCCCUGCCUCAAGGUACUCAACCUGGGACUCUGGCAGAUGACGGACAGUGAGAAGGUCAGAAUCCUCCACAGCAACAUUCGAGACCAUGGAGUUAAAAGAAACCCAGAGACCUUUAUCAAUUAAUUGUACUGUUUGUGAAUUUGUAUAAAUAAUAACAAAGAUCCUCUUAAAACGUUUAUAUUCUUACAGUAAAAGGUUAAACUGAUAUUUAUAUAAUAAAAGAGGAAAUAUGAAGUAUGUUUUUGAAAAAAAAAACACAAAAAAAAACCCCUUGUAUCUGUGAAUUAUUUUGAAGGCAGUGUGUUUGGGUACAUGCCAAAGUCAGAGGUGCUGUUUGUGUGCUUUCAAGUAAAAGGAAAUAAGACAUAGACUUCGGUGUGUCCUAUGUGCUAUGAGUAAGCUCAUGGUUAAAAAUGUAUCUGUAUAAGGUUUACUACUGACAUCUAAAUGUUUUGUUUUUAGAAAUAUGGUGAGAUUGGAGAUUUAUAUAAUUUGGUUUUCAACUGUCAACAAAAUGGAAAUUUACAGAAACUGAACAAAAUGAAACUUUUUUAAAAACCAGAUUUGUAAGAGUCACAGUUUCCUCAGAGUAGCCAAUUUUUCUUUGGGUGGAAAUUACAUCUAGGGGUGAUGUUCAAAAAACAGGUCGUGAGAUAUGGAAGUGGGGAAGAAAGAUGGGUUUCUUUACACUUUGAGUGGGUGUGGGGAGGAUGUGAAAUGGUGAAGGCUGAAGGGAACUGAAGCCAUUGUUCAGAAAAGUUAAAAGAGGGCUGUCCCUGCUUCCUUGCUCGCUGGCUCAGUCAUGCAUACUGAAUCUCUCAGUGUGAGUGAGGGUCCUAGGGAGAGGAGGAGGGCAGUUCCACCCCUCUUUUUAACAUUCUCCUCCAGGCCUGGCUGUAUUUGAGCACUUUGCUGGGGGAUGGGGAGGUUGGCCAGGAGUUCUUGCACAUUUGCAUUUUAAGCACUUCCAACGCUGAGGGUGAGGGUUCUUAAGACUGUAUUUAGGGGCAGAUAAAUGAAAACCAACAAUUUUAGCAAAGCGUUCCCUUUGAUAGACAAUAACUAAAUAAUCUGACAUUCUGUGGUUGAGCUUUGGAGAUGGAAGAGUAUAAAUGCUGCUCAAACAGCGAAGUAAUUUAUAUUUCUGGUUCACAUAGAUCUUUCAUAGUUGUUUCUGAAAAAUUUUUUUAAAAAGUACCGAUCCCAGCAACAGCUGAUAAGAGUGGUAUAAAACUUUCCUGGAUAAGCACCUCUUUCCAGGAAGAGAGCUAGAACCCGGUUUCUCUCGGAUAAGAUUGCUUUGUACAAUGCCCAAGCCUUCUGCUUGAGCAUAUCACAAAAGCUGCAUUGUUCCUUUUUGAAGAGCCUUCAUAAUUGGGUCUAAUUGAGCCUGACACUAAAUCCAUCUUCCUUUUCUUUGGGGAAGGUGUGGCUCUCUCCCCUUUUAGGUUACAGUACUUACUGCCUGCCGGGGGGUGCCAGGGGAGUGUGAACCCUAGUCAGAAGUAGGGAUUUUGAGUUAGGGUCAGUUUUCUAAUUUAGCAUUUGACACUACUAUACAUGAAGGUCACAUAAACUGUAGGUUCUUCGACUGUUUUUCUUUUUCCAAAAGACUGCAUGGCUGUACAGAUUGUCAAUAAAAAUGUGGGCACCUCCUAAGUCCUAGGCUCUGUGCUCACAGUCUUCAUUGUAAUACCCCAAAUAAUCCUACCAACUGUAACUGGAAGGGUUUUAUGCUUCUCUGUUUUGUUUGGUUUUUACUUUAAAGGUUAAAUACAAGCUUGACAAAAGGUUGGGAAUGUAAUAUUUGAAAGUUAAAGAUCCUGAGCCUAGUGUCCUCAUCCUGAACUAGGCAUACUUAAUAUAUCUGCAGUGUCUCUGGAAAAGAUGAAUAAACCACUUUCAUCAGUCAA